AUGUCAUUUGACGAUUUGACGGACAAUACGAGGUCCGUCCGGAACAUCCCGGGGGCUAAGUUCAUAGUUAGCGAACAGAUAAACAAAGAACACGUAACAGAAUUUCUGCAAAAUAAAAAUGAGGAAACAGUUCUUCGCCUGGCCAAGGAGCUCCUAUUGAAAUACAAAUUCAUGGAGCAUACUUUUGUAACUAGACAGAUCAAUACGGAGAAAAAAAUCCCCGAAUUAAAAGAUGCCCUAAAAGUAGUAAACGCCCUUUACAAAAGAAAGGAAAUGAACGACAGCAAAAACUUGGAGCUGUAUUUUCCCCUGGAGGAGUCCCUGUACGCCAGGGGAGUUAUCGACAAAACGGAUAACAUUUUACUUUGGCUGGGGGCCAACGUAAUGGUUGAAUUCCCCUUUAAAGAGGCAGUGGAGCUACUGAAUCACCACUUGGAUAGGGCAGUAAAUCUGUACGACGAAAUGGACAAAGAGCUUCAGUGGCUGCACGAACAAAUAUCAACCACAGAAAUUAACAUAUCGAGAAUUCACAAUUAUAGUAACACGGCCGCCUUAGCACCAGCGACAAAGAAGUUAAAUGAUAAGUGCACCCCAAACCUUUUUAAUAACAAUGCAGACCAUUUGGUGGAGUUAAACGAACUAAGGGAGUAUAAGCGGAUCAUGUCUGAAAAGGUGAAGAAGUACGAAAUUGCGGUGUAUUCGUAUAAAAACCAAAUACGAAAUUUAAAGAGAAAUCAACUCCACGGGGGGGACGUGAACAUACAACUCAUAAACGUCUUCAUUAACGCCAUCUGUGAUAUAGUGCAGCACAUCUGCUCGGACGUGCGCACACCGGUCUUGGCCCUCCUCCCGUUAAUCCAUUCCAUACUGAAUUCGAUCACCGUGAGGGAUAAAAAAAUAUACCGGUGCACAAAAUUGAUCCAUACAGUAUUAACCCAAAUAGGAGAUACACACGUGGAGAAGGGUACUGGAGAGAGAGCCCAAGAGGAGGAGGCGGAGACAAAGGAUGAACUUGUUCCUCACAAAUUAGAAGACCUAGAGUGGAUAGCUUCCGAAACUGAUGAUAAGGGGUGGUUAGCCAUUAGUGACAGAUGGGAAUUAUGCAAGAGGGAUUUAAAAUGGUUGUGUGUGAAGACAAACAACAGGUCAUGGUUAUUGUAUCGGCACCUCUGGGAACACUGCUCCAAUGAUCUGAAAUAUGUAUCUGUCCUAUUUGAUGAUAAGAAAUGGCUACAUCUGCAUAAUGUUUGGAAAUUCAUUCCCCUCAGUUUGAAAUUAAGGGCUAUCUCUUCAAAGGACCCAAGUGUUUGUAAGCCAUCCUUGACUGAAAUGAUUUUAAAGGAUGAUGAUAUUUAUCAGGACAAUACAUUACCGCUCAGUUCGCACUUUUUGAGUAAGCCGAACUUGUGGAGUGAUCCCCAUUUGGCAGGUGACCCUUCAUCACCCAAGUGCCUCCCACACAGCCGCAUGGGAAUAUACUCACAUAGGAAUAGCACUCAUUUGUAUGCAAGUGACCCCCUGGGGAGGAAAGAACAUAAAAAGUUGUUAUUACUUCGUACUCAAGUUGAAGAGGGGGAGAAUUUCCUAAAGGAGUCAUUCCGAAAUGGAGUGUCUAGCAUGGAGAAGGGAACCCUUGAAGGAGGAGGGGUCCACAAAAGUGAAAAAAUGUUGAGAUCCUCUCCUGUUAACCGUAUAAAAAAGGAUAAUCACUGUGUAGGGAGAAUGCUUUACUCGGUUAAUUCAGGACGGGGGAGAGUCACUCCUGUGCCGCGUCCCGCUCCAACUCCCCUUUCGAAAGGUGAAGGUUGGAAAUUAUUGUCAACCGGAAGAGGUGUCAACAGAACAUGCGCACCGCAUAAUAGGCACGAGGAUGAAGGAGAUAAUGUAGCAGCCUCUUGUGCUGAAAAAGAGGCUAAUCGAGUUGGCAGCUUGGGUAGAAGUAAAUACUCCAAUGAGAUCCAUGUCAAGGGAAUUUCUAACAGAAAGGAAGCCCAGGAAGAUGUGUCUAAAGGUGGGGGAUUCACCCAGAAAGUUACUCCAAAGGAUUAUAAACAGAAUGGUUUGCACACAGUUGAGAGUUAUAAAGAGGAGCUGGACAAAAUACAGGGGAGUAAAAAUAUCAUGAGGGGUAAAAUUUUUUUUUCAAAAGUAUCAAAUGGGGAAUCGCCAAUGGGAAAUCAAAAAAAGCAAAGUUGCUAUUAUAAAGGUACCGAUAUGAGUACCAAGGUGGUGGAACAAAGAAGUGGCCUUUCAGCUGAACCCCACAUUGUAAAAGAAGGAAAUAACCGAAGUGGAGUGGAAGGUACAGAUGAAACGAAUACCUUGGGAGAGAAUAUUGUAAAAAGUUCAAAGGCAGGCGUAUAUCGUAGACUACUCGUGCCCCCCCUUCAGAAAGGAAAAAUUGUACCAAAAGGCAAAGGACCACAUUUAGGAGCAUAUACUCCAAUUUUGAAGCAUCCACUUAGUGCCAAAGGCUCAGAAGUAGAACAGAAAGGUAGCAGUAAUUUGUCCGUGCAAAAUGGAAGAGUGAAGAAAAUGUUGAAUGGCCCAAAGAAAAUACCCCCCGUUACUGAGGGAUUAAAAAGCCUUCUGAAAAUAAAAGAACCAAAUGGGAAGAAUAUUUCUGAUUUGUUAAAGACAAAAAGUUUCAAGGAAAGUCCAUUGGAUUUAAAAAAAAGUGGCAGCAAUGUGCACUUAGACGAGGUGGACCUCGCUACUUCGAGUGAAGAUGGUGGCAAAGAAGAGGAGAUCCAAGCGAGCGCGCCACACAAGGAGGAGAGUCCCAAGAAGGCGCCCAAGGGGAGCACUAGUACAUAUUUGUCUGACCUAUUUAAUGCAUUCAAUUUCACGAGGAAUGGAAAGUUAGGAAGGGCAUCGAGCCGCAGUGAUGACGCGGAGAGGGAGGAACGGAGCAGUGAAUUUGAUACUCCUGGGGAAGAGAAAAGUUCGGAACCCAGCGACGAUUCUGGUGCGGAACAGGAGCAGCAUAGGGAUCAGAUAGCUAGCGACGUGGAAGGUGAAGCCUUUCCAGGGGUAGACAGCGAUAAGGGGAGCGAUAAAGGAAGCGCGGAUGGCAACACAGAUAGCAGCACAGAUGGUAACGCAGAUGACAGCACGAAAGACCGUGCGCAUCCCAUGGGGAGGAGGAGCUUAGAGGGGUAUUCAAUGAAGACGGACUUCCUGCAGCUUAAGAAGUCGGUAUCGAGUGCUGGCUCGCCAAGCGAUAUGGUCGCCCAGUUUCAGGGCGAGCCACUGCCCCAAACGAUUGGCCAUCUGGACCAAAACAACGCAAAGGGGUUCUCCUCCCUCAUUUUGGAAAAACCCAUGCAGAAGUUUCCCCCACGAAAGAGUAGCGGCAUUUUGCAAAAGGUCCUGAACGCAGACUUGGUUAAUCUGAAUUAUUCAAAUAAAAGAAUGACUGCAGAAGAAAUUGCAAAGCAUAAGAAUGCAUCGCUCCAUAUAACUGUGAAGAGAAAGGUUUCUUUGUCUUCGUUAAAAAUGAAAGCAGUGCCGAAGCGCUGA